AUGGGCCCCGCUACGUUCAUUGUCCUGCUGGCUGCUCUCUUGAUAGGAUCAGAAAAUGUUGAGAGCCAGCGCAGAGUUAUCGGCAGAGAGCCUCCUUCGACCGACGGCUGGCGCCCGGUGGCUGGCAGCACGGAGCAGCCGCGCUACAGCACGCAGGCCGUGGGCCACCCCGUGCUCGACAAGCUGAGGGCGCACCUCGAGGACGCCGAGCGCAGCAAGGUGGCCACCACGCCCACGCCCAGCGUGCUCGCCUCCUUCAGUGCGGUGGGCCCGCGGCGCGACCAGAACGCGGGCUUCUCGGGCCGCCUGGUGCCGCCCCCGCGCGACCAGCCGCCCCCCGCCGCCUUCCCCGAGGACAGCCGCGACCUGUCAGCGGCGCAGCAGACGCACCCCGGGCCCUACUACCUGCACUCGCUGCUGCCGCCCCCGCGCGCCUCCGACUUCCUGCUCGAGGGGCCGGGCGCGGGCUCCGCCUCCUCCUACGUCAGCUUCCCGCCCUUCUCCAGCGACGCGUACUUUGGCGGCAGCAAGCAGCAAGCGACGCAGCAGCUCCACUUCUUCCCGCAGCAGCCGCAGGCCCAACCCCAGACACAGACACAGCAGGACGCCUUCGGCAGUCUGCCUCAGCGACACACGUAUUACCAGCAGCAGCCGCAACAGUACCAGCAACAGCAACCACAGCAGCAGCCGGACUACGUGCUGUCGACACAGCACCGUCAGCACCCGGCCGCCGUCUCGUCGCAGUACACCAGCCACCAGGCGAUUGCCGCCGCCUCACCAGGACUCGGCGCCGGGCAAGCACCAAGUGUCUUCGGCGGACGCGAGCCGGCGGCGGCCACGUCCCGGCCGCAAGGGGCGGCCCCACCCACACACACGGCAACCGCCGGCGGCGUCACCUUCCACGGCAACAUUCGCGACGAGGCGGCCUACGUGAGCGCCUCCUCGCUGGGAGGGCAGGGCCACCGCUUCGAGACCAAGCGGCCGACGGCGUCGCUGGGCAACUACUCCCCGGGCCCCUCGCCGACUACCGUCACGCAGUACCCGCAGCAGGCCGUAGCGCUCUUCCAACAGCAGGCGUACACGCCGAGCUACGCGGAGCAGCCGGUGCACACGUCGGCCAGCGUCGUCGGCUUCACGCUGGGCGUGUCUGACGAGCGGGGCACGACCGCGGGGAGUCAAGUGGAGACGCCCGCUCAGCUCCCUCCACAGUACUUCCAGCUGCAGCAGCAGCAGCCGCAGACGUUCCUCCGCGAGCAGCCGGGCGCGCAGACCAACUCGCUGCAGCGGCCGGGCGCCGGCGUUCGUCAACCGGACGGUGUGGCGGUCGCCGACAAGCCGGGCAGGAAGCGGCGGCCUUCCGCGGGCCAGAAGAAGCCCGCGUACGCCGAGGCCACCGGGGACGUGCAGGACGCGAGGACGCCGCCCCAGCCUCCACCGCGCCAGCACAGCACGUACGUCCUGCAACAGCAGUACCAACCGGAAACGCAGCAGAAUACACAGCAGCAGAACGCCCGGCCCGCCUCCUGGCCGCCAACGGCACCUCAGGACCACGGCGCUUCCGAGCCGACAGCUCCACAACAGGUGGCUACACAGCAGGAAGCGACGCUGCGAAAGAGGCACGAAGGUCGGAGGCGGCCACCGCAGGCUCACCAGCCGGAAGCUUCCACGCAGCAACCCGUCCAGUACCAGGAAGAGGCGGCCCAGCAAGACACGCCUCGUCAGCACGCUAGGAGGCCGCCCCAGAGACAACAGUUCUCCCCGUCUGCUCGAGGCCCGACGUCUACUCCCCAGCUGGAACAACCUGCGGCCGGUGGCGAAUACCGUCCGCAGCGCCGCCGCAGACCUACCCAGACCCGGCAGGAGCGCCCGGCAGUCACUGAACCCGGUGAGCAGGACACAGCGCAACAACAAGAAGCAGCUAUCCCUCACCAACAGACGUACUACCAGAAUACGGCCAACGAGGAUGCUGCCACUGCACCAGAUGCUGCGGGCGAGGUUCCCUCUGCACCUUCAGCACCGGCAUCCGCUGAUGGUCAAGUGCCACGUGAACAUCUUCGGAGGAGGCCACAAAACAAGCAGAAGUACCAUAUCACCAUGGAUAGCGACAAGCGGACAGUCGGUAGCAACGACUGGGAACAGGCGCAGAACACUGUGAAGCCGACUCGCCCACACACGAGAAGACCAGUACAGAAACAAAACACGCAAAUCGACUUUGCUACGGAGGAGAACUCUGCUCACAGUCAGCCACAGCCCACAGCUCAGGAGGGCCGUCCGCAGCAGAGGAGAAGGCCAGUGCGUCCUCAGCACAGAAACCCUCCAGCGUCUUCGCUGAACACCUACACAGCCAGUGAGAACUAUCCCCAAACCCAAAGAGACGAAGAAACGUACACGAAUGUAGCUAACAGGCCUGAAGAAAUUCCUCGUGAAGAGGCAUCCCCAGCCCCUGCACAAAACCAGGAAGUUGAACAACAAGUUUUCACUCGGAGACCUUCUAGCAGAUAUUCUACGACUGAAAGUGUUGUCCAGGCAGCAAUAGAGUCCCAAGUCGAAGGGCAAUCGAGCCAACGCACAAGAGUUCGGCAACAGCACGUCUCCCGCAGGCCUGCGCAAGGGAGCCAGCAGGAGGAACCGACUACCGUCGCCCAUUACCGGAGGCCCCUCCACCCGUCGAGGAGACCGCAGUACAAGAAGCGCGUUCGCCCGACUAGACCGCAACCGGAAUACGACAGCGAGCCGGCUAGCCAGCAGGAAACGACAAAUGACCCCGUCAGUCAGAGCGACAAUUCGGGAGAUUACGUGCAAGACUACAGGCUGGCGGAAUUGAAGAAGGUGCAGAGGCAACGGUACAAACGGCCACAGACGUCGCAAAACUUUGCUGAAGACGUGCCGGCGCCCACUGCGGCCGUUGCCAAUACGGCUUACCAGCUGCAGUCCAGCUCGCCACUGGACGCCGAGGACAAUUAUUACGCCGUGGACCAGCAGACGGCGCCUGCUCCUGCGCAGAAGUUUCGCCAGAGGGUCAACCAACAGGGGGUUAUCCGGGGCAAGACCAAAUACCACAGGGAGCAGCUGACCGAGACAGACACGCCUUUUCCAGAGCCGACGGAGCAAGUCUACGUGGAAGAACUGCCUGUACAGACGGAAUCAGAUUUCGAGAACGAUGUACUGGGAGGCGGAACCGACGCGCGCUUUCCGUCGGCGGUGGAUUACGCCGCUGAUGAGGAAGACUCGGCCUCCGCUGUCAGCGAGCCCCCGGCGACGACGACGACGACGUCGACUACGACGAGCACCACCACAACGACGACGACUACGCCGGCACCGUCCACCAGUAGGCCUGCCAGCACCGUGUCCUCCGCUCUGGAGAAGUUGCGUCAGAGAUCAAGGUACAACGCGACGCGGCCUCGUUUCAGCGUGCGAGACUUCCAGGAGCGCCUGAACCGGCUGUCCACCAGCACUGCGGCGCCGGAGGUCUCGGCGUCAGAGACCACGGAGGCGGCGACUGUUCCGCGCUUCUCUGGCGCGCGCUACAGGGCCUCCACUGCCCCCACCUCCACCACGGCUGCCACGCCCUCCACUAGGUACAAGUACAAAAGCCGCUACCGGUCCACGCUCAGCACGUCCACUACCACAGAAGACCCGACAGUAGCGACGACGGUGGCAGCGCCGACGCCGUCGGCCUUCGUCUCGCGGCCUUCGCUGCGCACUAAGGGCAUCUUCUCGGCGGUGCGGCCCAACCCUCUGCUGCGUACGGCCACCAGCGUCGCCACCACCACCAGCACGACCACGACGACCACCACCACGACGCCGACCGCACCCACCACUGUCACCGCCGUUGCCGAGUCAGCCGACGAGGCCGACGAGACGCCGUCCGCCCCCUCGGCACCUUCUGCUCCGGGCGUCUUCGGCGUCAGGACUGCGCAGCCGGCCGUCGGCGUGGACGACGAGCAGUCUCAGUCGCUCAGGAUUGCCGAACUGACUCUGGCGACGACGGACCUGCUGUCGGCCUACUGGGCGCAGCGGGAGCCUUCGGCGCCGCCCGCUCUCUCCACGCACGCCUCCCCGCACUACUCGGCCGCUGCCGUGGACAAUGAUCACCCCAGCUCUGCCGCCACCCCCGACUCCACCUCCUACCCGGCCACGGCCGCAGACUCGUUACCGGACCAGUCGUCGACGUCGCACCAGUGGAGUGACGACGCCGUCCCGCCCACGCAGAUGAUCGCCGACCUCACGUCAUCCGCUUCGGCCUCCGACUUCUUCCAGAAGUCCGUGCCUUCCCAGCACUCACUGAGGAUCACCAUGGCAACCGACGAUCCCAUCCUGCCACUCGAGGCCUUCUUCCCCUCGUGGGGUGGGAAGGAAGACAGCAACCGGCGGUAG